AUGCUUGUGUCUCUUUUUUUUCGCCCGUGUCCUGAUGAUGGUGCUGGCCGAAAGUCGACCGACAUCCGCAUAUUUUUGUACAGCAUGCAGAUAGUCACUAUGACACCGUCGUAUUUCUUUUUCUUCUUUGUGUUGGUCUUGUCGUUGCCCACGUGUUUGUUCGGCUUGCCAUCAAAUAAUAAUAAUAAUAAUAAUAAUAAUAAUAACUGCACUGGAUGCCAUCAUCAUGACAAGGGCGACGACGAUGAAGCAGCAACAGCUGCUGCUGCAGCUGAUGGUGACAAAGAGCCUGAGAUGAUGAGGCGGUUUUUCUCCAUCGACUGGGUUAACGGCACUUUCGUCAAGGACGGUCGCCCCGGGUUCAGAAUCGUAUCCGGCUCGUUGCACUACUUCCGAGUGCCUCGGGCCAUGUGGUCCGACCGGCUGGCCAGGGCUGCAGCGAUGGGCCUCAAUGCCGUGUUCACCCCGGUGCCCUGGAAUUGGCACCAGCACCAAGGCCCAGGCCACUUUGACUUCCAAGGCGACCGAGACCUUUUCCAGUUCUUGCGGUUGGCCCACGCUCAUGGCCUCUUGGUGCUGCUGGGCAUCGGUCCGGGCAUCAAUUCUGACUGGGAUGCCGGCGGGAUCCCGGCCUGGCUCCUGUUCAACGACACCCCCACGCUCUCCACACGGUCCACACUAUCAGCCAAGUUCACCCAGCACGCAGAGCACUACCUGGCCCACUUGCUGGCCAGACUCCGGCCUCUACUCUACAACCUGGGUCGAGGGCCGGUGGCCAUGCUCCAGCUGGACAACCGAUACGGGUCUUUCUCGGACGUGGACCCCAGAUACAUGCCCUGGCUGGUCGGUAUUGUGAAGCGGCAUUUGGAUGAAGGAAUAGGCAACAGUGCAGGUAAAUCAGUGGAUGAGGAUGACGAGGAUGAUGAUGCCGAUGAGUCAUCCUUGUCAUCAUCUCCAUUAUCGCUGGUGAUGAUGUACACGUCGGAUGCUGGUGACUUGGCCAGUCUGGCCCGGGGAUCGGUGGCAGGGGCGCUUCCGGGCGUGGACUGCAGCAGCAUAAUAAGUCAAGCGAAUUCUGAUGCUGACGACCUAUUCAAUUGCUUCGCGAACCUGACGAGGUUGAGGCCAGGUUUCCGAGGCCCGCUUUUCAACACGGCCUUCCGCACCGAUGACGACAACUCGCCCUUUUCCACAAUCAACAGCAUUGACGACGACGACGAUGACGAUGACGUCAUCAAGCUGGCAGCCAGGCUGGAGACCUGGCUUUUGGCCAACGGGUCCAGUGUGUCUGUCAAUGUGGAUCCGGUGCACGGAGGCACGACGUUCGGCUGGUGGGCCGGGGGUCGGGUGCUGGACCACGGCACGGACUACAGACCAUCAAUCAGUUCAGUAGGCCAGGAAAACGAGUAUUGUGGUCGGGCCCCACUGGCCCAGAAUGGUGACUGCGGCACAAAGUGCGUGUUGCUGGCCAAUGUCAUCCGUCGUCAUGCUGCUGCUGCUACUGAUGGCCAGCAGCAGUUAUUGCUGCAGCAUCGACAACAAUCAGAGGAGAAUGCUGUUGGCUUGUUGUUCCCGGUCAUGCCACUCAACAGGACGCAAAUGGCCUACGGCACUUUUAUGCUCAGGUGUCUGAUUAUGAUGAUGAUGCGCAAGCUGUGCUCAACAACUUGUGUCUACAGUAGUGUGUGCGUGUGUGUGUGUACGUUCAUGUCCGCAGUCUUCAUUUGA